AUGGGUGAUAAAAACCCAGAAGCCGGUUCCAGUAAACCGCCGACUUCAACCCUUUACCCCGUAUACACCGUAACCAACGUUCAAAAUAAAGUCCGUGUUCUAGAUGGCAAGAAGGUAACGUACUCGUCAUGGGUCAAACUUUUCCAGCUUCACGCUCGUGGAUACAAAGUUCUUGACCAUAUAGACGGUACGUUGCCUCCAGCAAAAGACGACCAGUUGUAUGAAUCUUGGAUGGAGAUCGACGCGAUAGAGUUGCAAUGGAUAUAUUCAACGCUGUCCGACGAUCUUGUGGUACGCGUCCUUGAUAUAGUCGAUUAUUGCCAAAAACUCCGUGAAUUGGCCUCGCAAUUAGCUGAUGUAGAUCAGCCCGUCACCGAGGGUCGUCUUAUCAUACAGUUAGUAAACGGCCUACCACCAGAGUAUGAUGUUGUUGCUGCUGCACAACUUCAUCACACCUUGCCGCCAUGGGAAGAUGCUGUGAAUCUCUUGGAUGCGGAAGAACGCCGUCACAAUGCCCGCAUGACUCCUCCUGUGGUCGCGGCGGCCACACGCGAUACUGAUCAACCGUAG